UUUCUUCUGGAAUCUUGAGACAUAGCUUCCUCAAAAGGAUUGUUCUUUUAACGUCAACAAGCAGCUCUACAAUGAGAGUAACUAGCGUAUUCCUUCUCCUUGCAGUGGGGAUCUUCUGUUCCUCAGGCAAUGCAGAAACUGAUGGUGGCAACGGUGAGGCAAGAGAGCCAGCCUGCGAACGUUAUGAAACACCAGGAUGCCCUAAAAUUUUCGAUCCCGUCUGUGGCACUGACCAAGUGACCUAUCCCAAUGAGUGUACCUUGUGCAGUACAAAUCAGCAAAAGAAUGUACAAGUCAAAAUUAAGAAGGCUGGAACUUGCUGAGAGUGCUGAACAUGCAUCAUUUUUUUACUGAAGAAUUUAGGAGUGGGCUUUCUAGCUUUUUCUGAUGAAGAUGCGAAGAGUUAAUAACUGCUUGUUAUUACUAUUUUCCAGAUUUUAUUGUCAAUAAAACAACAGCAUUGCAGCAA